AUGCGGUCACAAGAAGGAGCCAUUUUCUUCGUGAUAAAUCUCGUGGGAAAUUUUGGCACGGUAUUCAUGGACAACGGCUACUACAACAAAGCCAUCGCGGCGAGUCCUGUUCAUGCCCUUCCCGGUUACGUGAUGGGCGGCCUCAGUUGGUUCGCUAUUCCAUGGCUUGCGGCGACCACGAUGGGCCUCUCGGCGCUUGCUCUGGAAUCUAACCCAGUCUUCCCAACAUUUCCUUCUCGAAUGGCGGAUGAAGAUGUUACCGCGGGCUUGGUCCUCCCCUAUGCUGCUGUUGCUCUUUUGGGAAAGGGUGGCGCGGCUGCAACGCUGCUCCUGAUCUUUAUGGCUGUCACAUCAGCCUCCUCUUCUGAAUACAUCGCUGUCAGCAGCAUAUUUACUUAUGAUAUCUACCAGACAUAUUUUAACCCUAGGGCUUCUGGCAAGAUGUUGAUUAACAUGGCUCAUUCUUUUGUGAUCGUGUAUGCCAUUCUACUGGCAGCAUUUUCAACCGGGCUUUACUAUAUCGGCAUUUCCAUGGGUUACCUAUACCUGAUGAUGGUAGUUGAUCAUUUCGCGAUAGUUGUGUCAAAGUCUCUAACGGCAAGACAGGGCGUUAUUAUAUCGUCUGCUGUACUUCCAGCAGUUUUGACGUUGAUGUGGAAAAAGCAGAAUGUUUUCGCCGCGACUCUCUCCCCCAUAUUGGGCCUUGCUUGCUCCCUUAUUGCUUGGCUUGUGACUGCCAAAAAGGAGUUUGGCAACCUGUCUGUUACGAGCACCGGUAGCAAUAAUCCCAUGCUGGCCGGAAACGUCGUCGCCCUGUUGUCGCCCCUUGUCUUCAUCCCAAUUUUGACCUAUGCUUUCGGUCCCCAGAACUACGAUUACAAAUCGAUGGCUGCGAUUCGUCUGGGCAAUGACGAGGACAUUGCAGCUGCGGCGCAUACAGACCUGGAGGAGAUUCCAGGUGUUACCGGCAUGUCAGCGGCUGACUUUGAAUCGGAACAAAAGAAGCUUCAACGGGCAUCCCUCAUUGCUAAGAGCAUGACCGGGAUCUUGACUCUUGCGCUACUCAUCUUGUGGCCCAUGCCCUUGUACGGUACUGGAUAUAUCUUCAGCAAAAAGUUCUUCACCGGUUGGGUUUCCGUGGGUAUAUUGUGGCUAUUCUGCAGCUCGUUCUGUGUAGGACUGUUCCCACUUUGGGAAGGAAGGCACAGCAUGGCCAACACAUUCAAGGGUAUUGUACGAGACUUGAGCGGGAAGGGUGGGGCGAGUAUCAGAGGAAGGGCCAUGGAAGGGAGCGACGGGUCGACAUCGCCUAGGGAAGAGAGCGACAAGGUGGGCGAAGUCGCGAUGGAGAAAAAAGAAUGA